AGAGCCAAAACGCGGGCGAGAGGCUGAGUGAGUUCGGGAGCCGCGCUUCGUGCGCAGUCGACGCCAGCUCCUUUUCCGGGCGCACUCUAGUGGCAGCUUCGGCCAAGGCCACUUUUAUGAGGCGCGAAGAACCCUGUGCUAUCAUUUGGAAGCAAUGAGUUUAAAACCCUUCACCUUCCCGUUUCCAGAGACGAGGUUUCUUCAUGCAGGACCCAAUGUGUAUAAAUUCAAAAUUAGAUAUGGCAACAACAUCAGAGGGGAAGAGAUAGAGAAUAAGGAAGUCAUCGUCCAGGAGCUGGAGGAUUCUAUUCGUGUAGUCUUGGGAAACUUGGACAAUCUGCAGCCAUUUGCUACAGAGCACUUCAUUAUAUUUCCCUAUAAAAGCAAAUGGGAGAGAGUGUCCCACCUGAAAUUCAAACAUAGGGAAAUUGUCUUAGUCCCUUAUCCAUUCGUUUUCACUCUAUAUGUGGAGAUGAAAUGGUUUCAUGAAAACCCGUCACCUGGGGAGCCAAUAAACGACAGUCCUCUUGGAUUGGUCCUAGCAGAGAGGAAAACAGGAGCCACGAUGAGGAAACGAAAACGAGCGGAAGUGCCCAGCUCCCCCAGCAGGCCAGCACUGGACAGGGCCAAGAUGGGGAUUUCCAGCCAAGGCCCCAGCAAAAAGAAGCCCCUUAUGGAAACCAGGAGGAACAGAGAAAGAAAAACCCAGCAGGAAUGGCAGGAGACCCCAACAUUUAAUAUCACUGAUACCCAGGAACAGGAUUCUAAGUGGGAGGACAGCCUAGCCGGGCGGAUUAUCCCCCCACUGCAGCAAAACAACCCAUCUCCACCUAAAGGACCCCCAGAGCUGGGAACCAGUGGCUUCUUUGGGUUUCUAAGCUCUCUCUUCCCCUUUCGCUAUUUCUUCAGAAAGAGCAGCCAGUGAACCUGCCAGAUGCAGCAGUGGGAAGAGUGUCCUCUCGCAGUGACUCUUCGCAUUCCGUCCUCUGUGUAUGACAUUUCCGUCAUGGGGAAUGCAGGCCCCAAACUCCCUGAGUCCUCUUGUGGGUUUGUCCUAUCCUUUGCCCCUUUACAAUGGAUUUUUUUUUUCUUUUCAACUUAAAACACUGAGAAAAGAACUUCCUAAAAUGUUCUAGUCUAAGAACUGGGUUGCUCUGAGGGCCCGUUUAGGUCUUUCAUCUCUAGCACUUAGGAUCCUAAUGAAAAUAAAUUAUUUAUGAAGAGUUAUUGACUGAAUUUCAUGAAAUAGAGAGACAGCAGACUCUUCCCUGAAGAUACAGGGAAGCGAUGCCUGAAACCUCUCCCCUGGGUCUACUUAGUUAUUGUUGGUGGGAUGCUUUGGGUGGGUGGGGUCUGUAGCUGACGGCAAACCUUAGCCUUAGCCUCCCCGCCAGGGCUUGAGAAUGGGGUCUUAUAAGACUCACUUUCCUGAGCCCAGCUGACCCUCAAGAUAUCAUCUAUCCCAAAUUCACCCAGUUUGGCCCCUAAGUGCACCCUCAGUAGAUAAGUGCUUUCCACUCACCUAUCCCUCUGGCUUUUGACAGUAAUGCAGUUUAGCUUCUCAGAUUAACUGCAAGUCAGCCCAGUUUAGGGGCCCUGGAGAAGACCAGGGCACCCAAGCUCUGACUUCAUGUAACCCAAGGGCUGAUCUGGGACAGACAGAUUAGACUUGUGUUGUGUGGCCACAGAUCAAAUAGAUGGGAAUAUAGGGAAACUCAAUUUAGCUCAGAACAAAGGAAUCUCACUGUUACAAAUGUCCAGUAUUAGAAUGGGCCACCUUGUGAGAUGAGUCCUUGUCACUUCUAGUCUUUAAACAGAGCUGAUGGUCUGUCAGACGCUGGAAGGUUUCUGUGACGAAUGGCAGAAAUGGGGUUGGAAUGCUGAGGUCCCUUGGGGUCCCCUUGUUUGGCUGACUUACCCUGGAGGGGGAGAAGACGUGGCUGCUGUAGGCAGGCCCAGGUCCUGAGGGGAGAAGGGCCGAAGGGAAACUGGAAGAUUAAGGACAAGUUGUGUUUAUAGCCUUUGUCCUCCUGUCCCAAACGUGGCCUGUUUUACAAAGCUGCUGAAAGGCACAGCUCCAGAAUCUCGAGAUCUGAGUGCCGUUCUGACUCUGCCGAGCUUACAGUGAGGCCUUGGCAAAGUCACUUUCCCCUCUGGUUUGGAUUCUCUCAUCUGAACAA